AUGGCCCCAAAGACCCCUACUGCUAAUGGUAGCUCUUCUAAGAGCAAGGGUUCCAAGCCUGCUACGAACGGUUCGGCAACUCCCACCACCGAAGAGGUAGCAGACAGCUUCAAGUUUACCGCUCCGGCUACUAGCAACAGGCCAGACAAGGCGGUUUAUGAUGCCGAGCAGGAGAAACUCAAGAAGGAGAUUGAAAGUCUGCAGACCAAACUCGCUGCAGUGAAGGAGAAAAUUGCUCUUGCUGGCAAGGGGGGUGCGGGAGAUGAUCGGAGGACAAAGCUCCGCGCAGAGCUGGACGAAAUCCGGGGCCAACAGGCGAAUGGGAAGACCUCUCGCGGCAAGAUCCACGACCAGCUCAAUGUUUUGAAUGAGAGCAUCCAGAAGAAGAUCAAGGAUCUGAACGCUGCGAAGUCUCGAACUCCCUUCAAGACCGUCGCUGAGGUGGACGCACACAUCAAGAAUCUCGAAGCACGCGUUGAAUCUGGAUCUAUGAAAAUUACUGAGGAGAAAAAGGCUAUCCAAGAAAUUUCGCAAAGCAAGCGUGCCCGGAAAACGGUUGAAAGCUUCCAGCAAGAGCAAGAGGCCAUCGAUGCCUCUCGUGCAGCAGCGGACGAAUUGCGCAAGCAGCUAGACGAUCCGGAGGUGGCAGCCAUAUCGCAGCGUUACGCCAGUAUUAAAGCACAAUUGGAAGAGCUCAAGAAGGAGGCGGAUGAUGCUUAUUCCAAUAGGAACAAGCUCUUCGACGAGCGCAACGCACUGCAGGCCGAGCUUGACGUUCUUCACAAUCAACGUCGCGAAUCUACUAAGCAGUAUCGAGAAGCCAACGACCGGUUCUACGCUAAGCUGGCUGAAGAUCGUGCCCGUCGUGCUGAGCGAGCCCGCGCCGAGCGGGCGGCCCAUGAAGAGGAGAAGAAGAAGGCGUUGGCGGAAAAGCUACGCGAGGAGGCAUCAAUACCAGCAUACCAGGCUGAGAUCGAGGAUUGCCAAACUCUCAUCGACCAAUUCUCUGGUAAAGCUAGCAGCGGCACCCUCUCCACGUCUACACCUUCUUCCGGUGUAAAAUCCGACAUUGCCGGCGUCCCUAAACUGGAAAUUCGGCAAGUGGAGGCUCCUACGGAAGGGCUGGUGGUGCGGAAGAAGAAGGGCGAGGAUGAAGAGGCGUAUUUCCAAGGGAAAGGUAAAAGGGGUAAGAAGGGUGCAAAAACUGCUACACCCACCACUGAGGCGCCCGCGACCGGCAAACUCAACGUUCCGAUGCCCACUCUCCACGCUCUCUUCGCUCUCGCGAUACCGCCUCCCACGUCUCCCGACGAGGUGCCUCGCGUUAUCAAGGACCUGAAGACGAAGAAAGCCUGGUUCGAAGCAAACCAGGCCCGAGUCACCACCGAGAACAUCGCCAAGGCGGAGGCAGAAGUACGGCGCCUUCUUGGCACGAAGGCUGAGACGGAAGGGGUAAUCAUUGUUGAUGGGGAGCUUGUCCCUCCAGCUGGUAAUGGAGAAAAACCUGCGGAACCUGCGCCUACACCGAGCGUAGCCGAUACAAAGUCCACCGCCGUCCCCGGUUCGGAGGUGGCCGACAAGCUGGAGAAUGUACAGGAGCAAGAGGUCGACGGCUCAGAGCGAUGA